CCAACAGAACACCACCUUGAGUCAUCAAAAACUGUGCUACACAGCUGGCUCCUGUCUCCACACACAUCGUCAACACCUCACGCAUAGCUCACACAGGCCUUCCCUCAUGCUUCAAGAUGACUAUGGUAAUACCAGUACCCCAGAAAAACCCAGGUUGACUGCCCUGUGGGUUGCCAUGAAAUGCCUGGAAAAGCUAGUGAUGGCACACAUCAACACAGUAACACAGUUUGCCUAUAAAGCAGACUGGAUGAUGUCAUUUCCCUGGCCCUACAUUUCGCACUGGAGCAUCUUGACAAAAGGGAUACCCAUGCCAGGAUUCAAUUCAUAGACUUGAGCUCUGCAACAUUCUUUCCACCAAACUGGUCUCAACAUUGGGAGACAUGGACCUGGGCAACUCUUAUUGCACCUGUAUCAUGGACUUCCAUACAGCCAAGGUCACAUGAUGAGGAUCAGUAACAACCACCUCAUCCACCCUGCAUCUCGGAAUGGGAGUUCCACAAGCACAGAGACCAGCAAAUGGUUAGAUGCACAUUAUGAUCCGGUGGCCAAUCUCUAUACUUUUUCUUCAUGUAUCGCUCUGGCAGAUCUGCACGGAGAUGGUGAAAAUAAGUUGGUGGUGGGGGACUUGGGCACAGGUUCAAGCAACAUGAAGCUGAAAGUGUACCGAGGGACAGGUUUGAUGAGUGAGAACACGCUACUUGACCUGCCUGUGGGCUUGGUGUCUUUUCUCAUGGAUCAGCAUGAGCCCCGUACUCCAGCCAUAGCUGUGGCCUCUGGCCCCUUCAUCUAUGUAUACAAAAACCUACGACCCUACUUCAAGUUUACUCUCCCCCCACUGGAAGUGAAUGCCUUGGAACAGGACGUCUGGGACCAAGCCAGAGAGGACAUGAUUGACCAUAUGACCUUAAAGGAAAUGUUGGAGGGCAUAAGAGACAAGGCUGAUAUUCCACUGUAUGUCAGAUCCUUGAGGUUCCUCAUGUUAGACCCACAGGAUAUGGAGGCGUUUGUUAACCUUCACAAACAGCAGCCAAUACGAAGACAGACUGUUAUCACCUGCAUUGCGACACUGAAGAAGAACAUGGCAGAUGAGGACGCCAUCAGCUGCCUUGUGAUUGGCACAGAGAGCAACGACAUUUACAUCUUGGAUCCAGAGGCCUUCACUAUCCUCUCCAAGCUGUCGCUGCCCAGCGUCCCCACACUGAUUGAUGUCACUGGUCAGUUUGACGUGGAGUUUCGCAUUACAGUUGCUUGUCGCAACGGGAACAUCUAUAUCCUGCGUCGGGAAUCUCCCAAACCCAAGUACUGCAUUGAGCUGUCCUCUCACCCAGUGGGUCUGGUGAGGAUGGGGAAGAACGUUGUUGUGGGCUGUGCUGAGGAGACUCUACAAGGCUUCACCCAGAAGGGGAAAAAACUGUGGACGGCCAGCCUGCCUGCCCCUGUCACCACCAUGGGUGUGAUGGAACUGCCCGCUAGAGGCUUCCAGGCCGUCCUAGUGGGCCUGGCCAACUGUGAGGUCCACCUCUACAGAGACAAGAACCUCCUGAGCACCAUCAAAGCCCCAGAUGUGGUGACCAGCAUUUGCUUUGGAAGGUAUGGCCGAGAAGAUGGUACUCUGAUCAUGACCACAAAAGGCGGGGGCCUGAUAGUCAAGAUUCUGAAGAGGACUGCUGUAUUCGACGACCGGGACAGCGCCCCGGGUCCCCCUCUUGCACAAAGCAUCCGCCUCAACGUCCCUAAGAAGACCAAGCUGUAUGUGGACCAAACCAUGAGGGAACGGGAGAACGCUGUGGCGAUGCACAGGGCCUUCCAGAUGGACUUGAGCCGCCUGCGUCUGGCUGCAGCUAGGGCCUACGUCAAAGCCCUGGAGUCCAGCCUCACCCCCAUGUCCGCCAGCCUGUCGGAGCCACUGAAGAUGAACGCUGUGGUUCAGGGUCUGGGUCCGUCCUUUAAACUGACCCUAAACAUCCAAAAUACAGCAGCAUGUCGCCCUGUCAUGAACCUGGCCAUCAGCUUCCUGUACGACGAGAGCCUCUACAGCAUGAGGACAGCCUUCUUUAAGAUCCCACUCCUGGUUCCAGGCCUCAACUACCCAAUUGACACAUUCGUAGAGUGCAUGAGCGACAAAGGAAUCUCUGACAUCAUCAAAGUGUUUGUUCUGAGAGAGGGGAAGAGUGCACCGUUGUUGACCGCCCACAUCAACAUGCCCGUCAGCGAGGGACUGGCUCUGAACUGAGAGAAACCUGCAGGUCCCUGCGAGGCUUCAACAUGUACUCCACUGUGCGGACAGCAGCCCCCCCGUGGCAGAAUCUGUCUGGGACGUAGACGUGCUUUUGCUGGCAUCUAGUGUAGGACUGUGUACCUAGGUAGAAGGCCAAAGGGAGUUUUGGUUGUAGGAGCGCCGCACUCGGUUCGAACUGCGAACCGUGUAUAGGUGUGUACAGGUGUCAAAAUGACGGCUGUUUAUUUUGAAGGAACAGAAUCUUUGGAUGUUUAUUUAUGUAAAGUGGAAUUUGUUUAUUGCUCCAGAAAGCCUAUUGUACAUAGAGAAAGUUAUUCAAGGGGAUGCUAAUUUCAGAAAAUUGUUAAUGGUGUCAUCAUUGCUAGAUAAAGUGCCAUUAACAAAACAAUUAUCUUGAAAAACAAAAGUAAACAAAAAGGCAUUCAGGUACAGAAGGGUAUAGAUUUUUUAUGUAACAAAAACCUAAUUGUAUAAAAAAAAAAUCUUAACAGUUAACAGUCAAGUUGGCAUAACAUGUUUUCUUAGGCUUUCCCUUGGCUUUACAUGUGCGUGGCUCUGUUGGAGUAAAUUAACUUGUUAAAACCAAUUAAAUAUUUUCAUUGA